AUGCUCAUGAAGCACCCUGCUUCCCCUAAUGUGCCUCAAGCUAAUUAUGUAGUUGAGGAUGGCGUUGCUGAGAGCGAAGACUGCCUGUUCCUGAACGUUUAUGCGCGGGCCACAGCAAGUUGUUCAAGGUCCGGCCGCCCAGUCCUGGUGUGGAUCCACGGCGGGUGGCUUCGAUCCGGAACGGCUAGCCAACCCACGUUUGACGGGACCAGCUUUGCGUCUGAGCAUGGGAUCGUUGUUGUAGCCUUCAACUACCGCCUUAAUGUAUUUGGGUUCCCCAACUCUGACCAACUACCUCUCAGGGACCGAAACCUCGGCUUUCUUGAUCAGCGCCUAGCACUUGAAUGGGUGCAGACUAACAUCCAUGCCUUCGGCGGCGACCCCGCUAAAGUCACUAUCUCAGGUGAAUCAUCUGGUGGCUCGUCUGUGGACCGACUCGUCACUACCAUCCAUACAAAUCCUCCUUUCCGCGCGGCGGGUUUAUCGAGCGGACAGGCGACGGUCAGUCCUAUUGGUAGGGAUGCUGGUCCCCGAUCGUGGGCGGCUCUUGUGUCCCUUCUAGGAUGCACUGGAGACGACGAGAUCGCAUGCGUCCGAAGGACAGAUGCUAAGACAAUGAGGAACGUGAUUGUCGCUAAUGGCCUAGAUUUCAGCCCGGUCAACGACAACUUCACACAGAUGGAGCUCCCCUAUCUGCCAAGCCGCGCAGCUGGCGGCCUGGCACCAGUACCAAUCAUGAUUGGCUCUACUGGGCAAGAGGGAACCUAUUUAGCACCUGCGAAUCACCUGGAUAUUCCGUCCUUCACGGAGCCAGUCCUCACGCAGUUCCUCAUGGGCUUUACUGGCGGGGAUCUGGAGCUCGUGAAAGGUCUUUUGCAAAUUAUCCAGUUUAUACAGCAAACGAGUGGAACAUCACUUUUCCACGCGGCUACUCAAGUCUACACUGAAGUCGUUUACCAAUGUGUAAGUAUCUUUCCGAUUCAGAAGAUCAGUUUCAUGGCUGACACGCGCAAGCCUGCUCUUCUGGUAUCCCAGGCUUCGUCCAAGAGCGGCAUUCCGACAUGGAGGUAUUACUAUAACGCCUCAUUCACAAAUUUGGCUCCGGAAGGGUACACCUCUGAAGAGCUCGGCGCAUCACAUGGUUCUGAUACGUCCAUGAUUUGGGGAACGUAUCCUCGAGAGGGAGCCACUGAUCGACAGAAAGGGUUGAGUCGUUACUUACAGGCCAUAUGGGCUAGUUUUGUGAAAGAUCCUGUCAAAAUGGGUCCCGGCUGGGAAGAGGUGAGCGCCGAAGGGAACAACAUCGCAUGCAUAGGAUGUGAUGAAGUAGCCGAUGAUAUGACCCUUUUGGAAUCGGCUACUGUGGAUGGACGAUGCACGAUCUAUAAUUCUUUCUUUGACAAGGUCAAGACCCCAUUCGUGAAGGUUUAG